GUGUGCAUGCUGUUAUUGUGUUGGUGAUGUCUUAUCUGCAGAAAUGGUCUCUGAGCGCUAUCUUGGGGGGGACAAAAUGGAGGUAGACCAUUGGACCAAAUUAAACAAGCAGAGCAAUCACCAAACCAAUCAAUCACUGAACUCCUGUUUAGUCAUUACAGGUGGGGAGAGAGAGGGGAGAUGAUUUCCUUCAAGGUUGGGCUGUUUAUGAUGAUCUUACCCAUGCAGCAACAUUAUGGAAACACACAUCUGCGUUAUCAAGGCUAUCAUGUCCUUUAGCCGGGUCUGUUUUUCGCUCUCUUUGUCAUUCUAGACUAGACGUCCUCUGCAGAAUAGUGGGAGAGGGAUGAGCAGGGGGUAGCAGCUGUGAGUUUAGCCUCCCGUUGAGUGGUUGCUGAUGCUAACUGCUCUAGGGACGGUCAGUUUUGGCAUAGUGGGGUGUUAACAAAACAGUGUUGCUCUGACCCAUUGAUGGACUCGCUACCACAUAAAUAAAAUAAGCCACCAUUACAUUUUCUAAUGGUUAUUAUUGUAAUAUUAUUGUAUGCCUAUUGUUUUCAGUAUAUCUGACAUGAGAUUGUAGGUGUUGGGUAGACUGGUAAAUAUAAUGUUGAUUAAACAAUACUUCGCAGGGUGCAAUGGGUUAAUUAUUACGAAUCCCAUGGUUGAAAGAAACUCGGCAGCUCGUGGACCGUUAUUUGGGGGUUGUGCUGUCCAGAAAAAAGUUGAGACGUCCCUACCCUUACCCUAGAACUAACCAUAACCUUUCCCUAACAUUAACCCUAACCUUACCAGUUUUAAAUGUCAACUUCAACCGGAGUUGGGACGUCCCAAUGAUCCCGUUUAGACUAUUCCGUUAUUUUGGGGGUUUCAAUAGUUAGAGGUAAGUAAAGUUAGCCAAAGUUGAAAUUUAUUUUGCUUAAACAUUUGAGUAUGGAGGUAAGACCAGUGAAGCAUGAUCGGUGUCGUUAUGAAAACAGGGGUAUCUGUCACAUUAUUAGGCUAAAUGUAAAACAUUUGUGAACAGUUUAGCUAGCUAGGCUAACGUUAAUAGAUAAUUAAUGUAACGCUAACGUAAGCCAACAAUGCGCACUGUUUCAGAUCAAUAGCUAGCUAUCUAGCUAGUUAUGACAAACAAUCCGCUAGCUCGAUGCAAAGUCUUGUAGCCAGCUAAUAAUAUGGGUCAAUAUUGGAAUGAAGAAGCACUGGCUCAUGAUUGAUUGCGGUUUGACUUGUGCUGGUCCGCUUAGCUGGUCCAUAACAACACGUCUGCUUGUUCAUCAUCUGCUGCAUAUAUGAAGCAUCGAGUGACAAGUGCACUGCCAACACCAACUCAAUUACAAUGUAACGCACAUAGACAAAUAAAUAUAGUGUGGUGACAGUUUACACACACACAAAACCAGGUACGGUGUGAGUGUGUCAGUGUAAAGCUGGUGUACGGUUUGCCGUAGUGAAUUUAAUGGUCCACACACUAUUCUGUAUUAGCUCAGCUCACGAGCCAAGUGACGUAGAGAGAGUAUUCUACGUCACUGAACGGGAAGCAAAGCAACCCCUCUUCAGAAGCGCCAAGCAAGCAUGUGUGGUCCACCACUGGCUAUGAUGUCCUCUAAUAUACUGUUGCUAAGGAAAUUGAUGAAAUGAAUGGAUCCCUAAGGCUGAAAUCCUCCUCGCCCCUCCUCACCCCGUGUUUUUGUGUUUACAGAAAUCACUGCGAACAACCUGACGCGUCAAAAGGAGCUCUGCACCAGCCGAGUCCAUUGGAGCCGGCACUGAGGGACUGAGUCGUCGGCUGCUGCCAGCUCUAGCACCAGAAUCCUCUACAGCCGUCUGGGGUGAGGAGCCGAGGUGCCUGGCUGGGGCUGGGUGGAUGGUGCCUGGAGGAGGAGGGGGCCACGGCAGAAGGAGGAGAAUGGCAUCCACAGGCAUGCAGAUCUUUGCCUUCGUCCUGGCGUUGCUGGGCAUCAUGGGGGCCAUGGUGGCUACGCUGCUGCCCAAUUGGAAGGUGAGCGCCGAUGUGGGCUCCAACAUCAUCACGGCCAUCUCCCAGAUGCAGGGGCUGUGGAUGGACUGCACCUGGUACAGUACCGGCAUGUUCAGCUGCACCUUGAAGUACUCGGUGCUGUCGCUGCCCGCCUACCUGCAGACUGCCCGCACCACCAUGGUGCUGUCCUGUGUGAUGGCUGCCAUGGGCCUGUGCCUGGCAUCCCUGGGGCUCAAAUGUACCCGCUGGGGGGGCGGCCGGCGCUCCAAGAGGCACGCGGCCAUUGCCAGCGGGGGCUGCUUCAUCGCCGCCGGCUUCCUGUGCCUGGUGCCCGCUUCCUGGUUCACCAAAGAGGUCAUCACUAACUUCCUGGACCGCAGCGUGCACGAGAGCAAUAAGUUUGAGCCCGGGGGCGCCGUGUACGUGGCCUUCCUGUCGGCAGGCUUCCUCUUUGUGGGGGGGUCCAUCUUCUGUGUGUCGUGCUCGGGGAAGAGGCCCGGCCACCAGGAGAUGAUCUUGCUGCCGCCUCCUGAUAAACUCUUACUGCAGCAGCAACAGCACCUCCUACAGCAACAGCAGCAGGACCAGCACCAGUACUGCUCCCUCUCCCCACUAGACAAUAAAACAGGCUACAGUCUGCAGGACUAUGUGUAGGCUAAAGCAACACUGCACGCCAUGCGCUACUGUUAGGCAGUUUGGGGAAAUCGCUGCGUCUUACAUGUAGUACACCAACCAACCAAGCUCUUAAAGAGGAGGAGGAGAUGAGAGGAGGAGGGGGAAGGACUUUGAGGGUGGUUUCCCCCCCCCCCCCAUUGUAGCUCUCUCUCCCCCCUUUCUUUACUUUCUGUUCUAUGAGCACAAGCAGUGGAGGUAUUCCCUGAGCAGCCCCUUGGAACAGACAGACGGAUGGUGAAUGUGAAAUGCAGCGCAGCCGGAGGACGAAGGAAGGCGCUGCAGAAUGGGAGGGGAGCCGCAGCUGAACAAAUGCAGAUACCCCAGCGAUCAUCAGUAAAUCACAUGAGUUCCCGGGGGAAUGGGUUAGCUGAUAGCCUCCUGUUCAUUUCCUUUUCCUCACCAAAGGUUUGAAUUGAUAAACAUUCAUUUAGUUUGCUAAGUCGGCAAUAUUGAUAUUAUUGUCUCAAAGAGGCAAUAACAGUACGUGGAAUUCCCUUUUCAUUAGCAAGCCAUUGUAGUUUUCAACCAUCCACAAGAUAUGGUAGUUGUUGGAACUGAUUUAAUAAAUUGUCUUAUUUUUGGUAGCGAAUAGACAUUGAUAUCUUGCCUAAGCAUGCUGUCUGGAGCCUGUCUGUGUAUAAUGCAGAGGAAUGCCUGCCUGGUAGAGAAUGAGACGUACGUAGUGUAACCAAACACAAUGCCUGUGCCUAAAAAGACGUAGUACAUUAUCCUUCCCGGGGAAAUUGUUCAAAAGAGGACUGUCAGGAUGAGUAAGUAGGGUGCUUGGCUUGGAGAUGGAACAGAACUGCAGACAAACCCACCCCUGGAUCUCACCCUGCAGGUAGACACACAGAGAGGGAGAAACGGAGCGAGAGCCUCCCCCAUCCAGCAGAGUGGACUGUCUGACAUGUUUGUUGCUUUCCCAUUUAGCUCCAAAAACAAGCUGCCUUCUUGGGCUAGGCUACACGCUACUGAUUUCAUGCAUUAGGCAUACAAAUGAACACACACACCGACAUACAUACAGUUCACACCCACAUAGAGUACACAAACACCCAUACACAGAUACAAAAGCCCACACAUACACACAGAUACAGAAACCCCCACACAUGCUCACAAACACACAAUCUACCUUUUUGACACACUGGGCUGCAUGUGCUUUUCAUCCUGCUGUCCGCCUCCUCACUGCCAUGGAAACGGAAUCCUGUGCCCUAAUGUCUUUAUUGUCUGGGGUGUGUUUGUGUCAUCCAGUGCUUUGUGGUUGGGUAGUGGGGCAUCUCUCUCUCUCUGCAUGGCCCCAUAAGCCUUGUGCAGAACCUCCACACACACAGAGCUGCUCCACUAAUCCCCUUUAUUACCCCAGUGACAUGAGGCACCAAGCCACUGUUACACCCAGGUCUGUCUGGGAAAUGCUCUCUUUUUGUUGUCCUUCAUUAGUGUCUUUCAUGUGCAAUUAGGGUUGAUGGGGAAAAUGGCUGUGUUUUGAAAAAUCUGGCUGAUUAUUGGAAUUGUAUGAUGGCAUAGAGAGAGGCUUUGAAUGGUCAUGGUUUGACUGCAGUAGUGUGGUAGAUUUUCCUCCAAAUCUAGAAAUGGUUCGAGUCAUUCCUCCAUAUGUGACUUGUUUACCAAGUCCGUCAGCAGUACAUAUGCUACCAUGUAAUACCUGCAAGAGACCCUGCAGCUGAAGUUCAAGGACGUUCUGUGCCUUUCUGUUCUUUCCUUCCUGUCAACCUCUUUUACCAUUUCUCUCUACCUACAGUGGGGCAAAAAAAUAUUUAGUCAGCCACCAAUUG